UCUUAUUCCUUCCCACCCCCUUGUGGGUGCUGCUCAAGCAGCUCAGGAGGCGCCAACCCCACAACCACAGGUAGAAGGAGUUCCAGGUGCGGCGUCCAGAUCAGGUUCGAUGUAAUUGAGGUCCUGUUCGGAUGUAAAGGAAAGAUGCAAAACUUUUCUCAAACAGUGGGGAAAGGGCCCCAUACGUCAAAGCCAGAUAAAGAAUCUCCAACAAGAUUCGAAAUUGGAUCGUUCAAGUCCAAAGGUUCGAUUACAUUGACUUCUUGUAGGUUUAAUUCAUCCACAAGGCUAAAGGCUCUCUUCGGAAUGGCUGGUGCCAACGAUUGGACGACAGGUACGAUGAACUUUCUGGCAGGGUAUAACAAAAUACUAAGCACCAUACCACGACACUUUAAUAUAUACGAUAUUUACAGGGAUAAUCAAAAAUAUAUCCUACCGGGAAUGAAUUUCUCUCAAUUGAUCAAAGAACUGAUAUGUUUCCGCUGUUUAACAAACUCACUUCUAAAACCCCUGAGUAACCCAACUAUUUCGAAUAUGGCUCCUGGAAGUGUUCGUAUGGCUAAUCCGCGGAGGCCCCCGAGCUCGAGUGGAAGAACAGCGACAGAGGAAUCGCAGCAGGAGGAGGGGAAAGAGAUGUGGGAGCUGCUACUAGACCAAGAGCAGAAGGAGAAGCUGAAGUAUAUGAUGCGACGGGCGCCACUCGGCAGC